AUGUCGCCUGAAGAAUGGUGGACCCGACUCAUCCGAAGCUGUAUGGCGCAUGCAGGCGCCUCGCACGAGGUGGAGAAGCUGAAAGCGAUGGGGAUCAAGACAUCGGUCGUAUCUAACGCUGACCCACGGAUACUCAAAACACUCGAUGCCCUCCACAUACUCCCACUUUUGAGCUAUCCUCCAAUUCUAUCGUGGGAUGUCGAAAACUCGAAGCCUGAUAGACGGAUAUACGACCACGCGCUCGAGUCCUGCGGGGAGACUGACCGCAAAGGCGUACUGAUGGUGGGCGACGAGCUCGAAGCAGACUAUCGGGGAGCAAGAGCUGCCGGUGUCGCAGCUAGACUGAUACGUCGACAGGGCGAGUGGAGCGAUGGUGCAGCGAGAGCUUCCGAUGAAUCGCUCGAGGAUGUUGAGGUCGUGAGGUCGCUAUACGACAUUAUAGAUCAUAUCGAGGAGCGAAAUAAUGUGAGCUAG